GAUAGAUGGAUAUCUCAUUAAAAAUGAACAGCUGGUGUAAUCAUUAUCGCCAGCCUCAUCGAUUUCAAUGGAUGAGUAUCGCAAUCCUUGCUAUUGCAACUAUUGGAUUUACAGCUCAAACCCCAACCAAACUGGUGACACGUAACCCAGCCCCAGUUGCUAGGCCUAAGCCGGUUUUGGGAUGGAACUCUUUCUGGCCUUUCGGUUGUGGAAAGGAUGUCAAUGACAAAAACUUGAAGUGGCAAGCAGACUUAAUGGCUGAGAAGGGGUUCAUUAAAGCUGGAUACAAAAAUUUCAUAAUUGAAUGUGGAUGGGAAGUUGAUCCCAAGGGUAAACCCGAGCUACUGAUCCAAAGUGCCAUUGUUGGAACCGACCCAUAUGCUUUCCGUGAGGACUUCAGGAAGAGGGAUCUUCAUAUUGGUGUUGGUACAUGGGGAGGGAUAAGUUGGAAUUAA